AUGCUUGAAAAGGCCGGCCCUCACCUUGACGUGCGCCACUUGGCGGAGCGGCUCGCCAGCCUGCAGGAGUUUGGCCACUACCUGCUCCUGCUGGCGCAGCAGCUGGAGACGACGGGCGCAGCAAAGGACCCCCAGGUGGCCAUCGCCAUCCAGAGGCUGCGGCAGGCUCUGCAAGAGGGGGCCUCGGUGAUGGGGAUCCGGCAGGGCGGCACUGCACCGCAGGACCUGAUGGCGUCCGGCGGCCUGGGCGUGCCGCUGCUGGUGGCGCGGGCAGUCGACGAGCUCACGGAGUGCGUGGAGUUUGAUGCCGCGCCGGUCGUCUCCGUCGACGAGCACGGGGUCACAAUUCGGACCGCGGAGGUGAAGAGCAGCCUGGCAGGGCUGCGCGAGGGCCGCAAGCAGGUGGCCUUGCGCGCCAGGGUGCUUGGUGAGGCGCUUCAGCUGCUUGCGCCAGACGGCCAGGCGCCGCCCAGGAUCCACCUUGAGGGCACUGUGUAUGUAUUUGACAACGCCGACGCGUCCGGGCAGCUCCCGGCCGCGCGGGACGUGGACGGCGUCCUGACAACGGUUGAGUUUGUUGCCGGCUAG